AUGGCCGUCCUUUUGCAAGACCUUUUGAAUAACGAUUCAGUAGCAGGAGGAAAUUCCCAGCGCAAUACCAAUCAAACAACAAUAAAUGCAGAUGUUACAAACGUACCAAGGUCAUCUCCAAAUGGCUACCCUGUCAACAGAGAUACUAAUAACCAUAAUCAUGGUAGUAACGCAACCUCGCUUGCAUCUCGAUCUCACUCUCCUACCGCGGUUCCAAUCAGUAUGAUGAUGACUGAACCCAUUUCAAGCAUUCCUAAAGGAAAUGUUACUCCACAUUAUAUUCAUCAUAAUGAACAACAAAAAUCCAUCGGUACGACUUUCCCAAUCUCUCCUAACAAUGAAAGAAAAUCUUCUCAAACUGAUUCCACUACAAGCACUUCCUCUUAUGCAGAUUCCCAUCCAAGUCCAACAACUUUAAGUCCUCCAUCUUCAGCAGCAUCUCCUCCUUCUCAUCCGUCAUCAUCAUCGUCAUCGACCUCUUCUCCGUCUGCUGAAGAAGACCAUCCUACGAUGACAAAUGCCGCCGCCGCUACAACUAAUAAUAACACCGAUAUAUUGGUUUGUAAAUGGAGCGAUUGUCAUGAAAGUUUCAAUCAACCUGAUCUCUUAUAUCUUCACUUAUGUCAAGAUCAUGUCGGUAGAAAAUCAAAAAAGAAUCUACAAUUAAAUUGUCAAUGGGAAAAUUGUUGUACAAAGACUGAUAAAAGAGAUCAUAUUACAUCUCAUUUAAGAGUUCAUAUCCCUUUGAAACCAUUCCAGUGUUCCACUUGUACCAAGAAAUUUAAAAGACCACAAGAUUUGAAAAAGCAUUUAAAGACUCAUUUGGAAUCAAAUUCCAUUAAAAGGAAAAGAAGAGGUCCUAAGAUUGGAUCCAAAAAGAAGAACUUUAUCACAAAGGAUACAAACACGACUUCUGUACUACCACACUUGGUACCAUUGAAUCAAUUCGUUUCUAAUGAAUUAAAUUCAUUCGACCCAAUUUAUACUUCAAAAUUGAGUAAUAGAUUGCAAAAUACUACUAUAAUCCCACAUGAUAAUAAUAAUAAUAAUAAUAAUAAUACGAAAGUUAAUUCUCACACCGCUGCUAAUGCUGUUAACUUCUUUACAAGUUUAUCAAGUAACAUGAGAAAUAUAUUAAAUCAUUCAAACACAAACACAAGCAAUACAGCAUCCUAUCAAUCAUCUUAUGUUCAAGCACCUCCUUCAUCAACAUCAUCAUCUUCAUUCCCACAGCAGCAGCAACAACAACAACAACAACAACAACAACAACAAACACCAAUAAUAUUAACAAAAUAUCCGCAAUUGCCAUCUUUAACAAAUAACUUCAAUCAUACUCAUCAUCCACAGUUACCAAUCCAACAGCAACAACAACAAAUGCAAAUGCAAAUGCAAACGCAAAUGCAAAGCAUUGUUAUGGAAGGCAAUGGUUCUAACUCAACUAGUAAUUUCACAUUACCACCACUUUCAUUCAACCCACCUACAGCUACUUCUACCUCUUCUUCACCUCAUUGCAUCAUUCCAAUUAUUACUCCUCGUUACGUUGCAUAUGAUAGAACAAAUUCAGUUGCAGGUACUAACAACUCUUAUUAUAAUCACAACAACAAUAACAACUACAGCAAUAAUACAAUCGGUUUCAGUACCAUUCAAAAGAACAACAAUAAGAAGAAAGAUGAAACUGAAGCAACCAUUGAUGAUAAAUUAUUAUCUCUAGCUAUCAAUGAUCAUGACGAUGAAGAAAUGUUCUUGGAUACUUUGGAAUAUGUAAACAUUAUCAAAGAUUAUUAUCUUUGUUCCUUAUUAGAAGAUGAAUAUAGUGAUGAUGAUAAUGAUGAUUCAAAUGAGGAAAUGAAGUUGAAAAAAAAUGAUUCCGUCCUAAAAAAUAGAAAAUACCCAAGAGUAUUGAUAUAA